AUAUGCCAGUGGACUCAAUGCAUUCUGUUAUAGAAAAAAGUGUUACAAACACAAUUGUUUGGGCACCAUCUCAAUGGCCGACAGUGUUUAAUUUAGCCCGAAAGAAUCCUAAGCCCUAUCAUGUGAAUGUCUUAACAUUUAAGGAUUUUUGCGGCUGGGAUAUUGUCGCAGAUAAAUACUUUAAGGGAAAUCUGACGGGAAAAAUAUCGAAAGUGCGUACAGCGACAUUUAAAAAAGCUGAACCACAGAAGAUGACAGUUAAAUAUACAAUGGCGACGGAUGAAGCAAAGGAAAACAUUGAAAUAAUUAAUAAAAACAAAAAUCUACAACCGAAAAAUAUUUACAAGAGUCGCCUACCUAUAUCAAAAAAGAAAUACGAAGAUUUAUGGAAACUUUGUACAACAAAAAUAAUUCCUGAAAACUACCAUCAAGAAUAUGCAAAUUUUCCAAAUGCCAUGAAUAUCCAGGACAGCCUUCAAGAAACGGAUGUCGAAGACAACGUUUAAUUACAAAAAAUGGCAACAAAUUAAAAUUCUAAUUAUUAUUAAGUUAAAUAAUAUUUUUUAUACCUAAAAUUUUAUAACUAUGAUUAUUUCAAAAUACUACAUAAAUACAUAUUCUUCAUACGGGUAUGAAGGAUCUAAUUAUGCAUCCUAAUUGAUUGAUCUUUUCGUAAAUGAUACCAAAUAAAGCUAACAUUUGUGAUUAUUAUAUUUUACUUUAAAUGACAUUGUUUAAGUUUUUUUUUUAUCAAGUAAUAAUUAUU